AUGGAAUUCAAUUCUACUGGCAUAGCUAUUUAACCUCAUUAAACCAUAAAAAAAGAAGUUUGGACUUAAUUUGUUUGUGAAUUUCCUAGAUGUUCAAACGAAUACAAAUUAUCUGAAAAUCAAAAAGAUAAAUAUAAAUUUUUAUCAGCUUUAAUGAUCGCUAGCAUUUUUGAUUAAUUAAUAAGUUGGCAAUAAUUAAAAAAGCUUUACGAUAUAUAUGAGUUUUUGGGAAAGAUUGCUAAUGAUAGAGUCUAGCAAUAGCCAAUGAAACAACACAUUUUAAAUUUAAUGAAAUCAUUUAAUACUAUUUUAUAGAAUUUAUAACCUUUUGAUUUUAGAAAAAUUGAGAAUCAUUAAUAACAUCAUAACAAAAUAUAAAUAGUUAAAGAAUAUUUAUAAAAAUAAAGAAAAUAUAUUUAUUCUCUUUUAGAUAAUGAAGAAGGAAUCAAUAAUCUAUAUAAACUAUCAAGAGGAAUAGCUUUGAGUUUAUAUUUAAUGCCUGACUAUGAAAAAAUCACACCUUAAACAGGAUAUUUUAAAUCUUUGAGUAAGGAAGAAAUUAUUAAAAAAUUAUGUAGUGAUGAUUUUGAAAUUAAUCCAAAAAAUCCUUUCAUUUUAGAAGAUUAUGAAGUCAUAGCUAUUUCACAUUUAUUUAGUUUUCCUAUACAUUUUUUUAUGAAUUAAUUUGAACCAUAAAACAAUUGUCUAUUAAAAAGAAGAAUUCAUUAACCAGAAAGCGAAGAAAAAAUGAUUGCUUUCUUAUAUAAUAUUCAAUAGAAUAAUUUUACUAUUAGAGUGUUAUAAUCAACUUAAGAUAUUAUAUACAUCUAAAAUAUAAUUAAUCAAAAAAAAAAAUUAUUCCAAACUAAUUAACCUAAGGCAGUUGUAGAACAAUUGCUAUUAAUAAUUAAAAAUAUCCUAUCACAAGCUAUAAUUGAUUUUUCAAAUCUAAAUAAAUUUUGGAUUAUUAAAAUGUUAUAGAUCAUAAAAGAAGGAGAAAAAUAGUCGCUUGUUGCUAAUAAAUAAGCAAUAAAAAUUGAUGAUCAAUUUAAAAGAGAAACUUUAAAUUUAUUUUAGAAUUUAAACCUUGAUACCAAAUUCUAUGAAGAAUUUUUAAUGAUAUCAGAAGCAAACUUAUAAAAAAUAGAAGAGGUCAUGGAAAAUAUAAUCAUCUCUUAAGUAACAAUAAUUAGAAAUGAAAUAACAGAAAAAGUUAAUAAUUAAAAGAGACCAUAAACAUCGUCUACAUAUAGCAGUCAGAUAACUUCAUAUGAUAAAGCUUCAGUUCCAUUUUAAUCUUAAGUAAAUUAGACUCCAAACUACUUUUAAUAAUAAAAAAAGUUAAAUUUAGCGAGUAGAUUGAUACCAAAAUAAUUAGAUAAUGAUUUACCAGAAAAUUCUGAUUCUAGUGAAAAAGAAUUAAAAUAAAAGAAUAAUGUUCAAACUAAUAAUAUUUAAAAUAUACCAGUACUCUGCAAAGAUUAUGAUACUGAUAAUGAAGCUCAAAUUAAAUAGAAUGAUGAUAAACCAUAACCUUAAGUAGACAAUCCCAUUUAAUAAUAAUGUCCUUCUGAUGAACAUGUUCAAAUUAGAUAACCAAAAUAUAAAAAUAAUGAAAAUAAAUUUAGAAGUGAAAUUAUGUCCUAAAUUGUAACUUCAAAAUCAAAUAAAAAUGUAAAAUCUGAAAAAAAAAGAUAAAAAAGUGUAGAGAAUAUAGAUUUGGAAAUAAAGUUGAAAUUAUAAAAUGAUUAUCUUGUAUCUAAUUAGAAUAGAGGAUCUAUUUUAAAAGCUCAAUCUGACAUAAAUGUUAUAUAAUAAAAAAAACAAAACGAUAGCUUAGAUUUUGAGCCAAAAAAAUAAAUUAUAAAUUAAUAGAAUAAAAUGAAUAAUUCUAUUAUCAUGGGAUAAAAUGUAACGUAUGAAUUAAAAGAUACAAAGAAUAAAUUAGAUUAAAGUCAUAUAUCAGAAGUAUUAAAUGAAUCAAAAAGUGAAAUUAGUAUAAUUUAGAAAUGGUUUUGUCCUAUUUGUUUCAUGGAAAUCGAUAAACCAGAUCUCAUUAGAAAUUUACAUAAUGAUCAUUAUGUUUGUAAAUUUUGUUUAGAAGAUUGGAUAAAAGUAUAAUAUAUAAUAAUAAUUAAAGGUUAAAUUUAAUGCUGGACAAUGGAAUUUUAAAUUUUUUAAAUGCCCAAUAUAACUAAUAGAAAGAGAUGCAAUGAAACCCUGUGAACAUGUAAUUGAUUAAUAAGAAAUUAAAAAUGCAUUAACUACUGAGGAAUUUAGUAAAUUAACAGAUAGAGCAAUGAAACAUGGGAUUAUUGAUAUUCUUUGUCCAAAUUUAUCUUGUUAAGCUAGUAUAAAAGGAAUGCCUCCAUAGGAUUUAAAUGGAUUUUUAUGUCCAAAAUGUAAUCAUAAAAUUUGUUGGGUUUGCAAGUAAAUUUAUAAAUGAAUUAUAAAUAAUAGAAAUUCUGAUCAUGGUGAUUCAAGUUGUCCAUAAAGAUUAGAUGAAAUAAAAGCAGCUUUAUAAGAUGAAAGAGUUAGUUGUUGUCCUAUUUGUUUAGAAAUAUAUAUGAAAAAUGAUGGUUGUGAACAUGUCUCUUGUACUAAUUGCUUAAUAGAAUUUUGUUUUUCUUGUAGUGCUCAUAGACCUCCUAUCAUAGGACAUGGUUAUUAUGUUAUUAUUAAUAUUAGGAGCUCAUUAUCAUAGAGUUGGUUGUUAAUAUAGAUAACCAUGGUGGGAUCAAAAUAAAUAAAUAGAAAAUUUGGAUGAAGAAUAUGAUCCAAAUGGAUGUGAAUAUUGCUAAAAAAAUUAAAAACCAUGUUCUCGUCCUAUGAGUUUGGCUGAUUUUAAGAAUUUAGCUCAUUUAAACUUUUGA